AUGAUCAUAGAUCCAACUUUGUGUCCCUUCCUGUAUCGUCGUCAGCCAAUUGAUAACGUAUCCGUGCCUAUGCCGUCUCGACGUGAACUGGCCCUGUGGGAGGAUUACCAGUCGUUCGAUCCUGCAACGAGAGUCGAGACCAUCGAAUUUCGGUCCGAAAGGUGCUCCUACAACGGAGGUUACUUUGGUUCGGAGAGCGAAACUGGCCAAAAUCUUCAGAAAGAAUCCACGGAUCUUCCAGCGGAUCGAUACAAAUGCUCCAAGUGUUCCAAGUCGUAUCGUUGGAAGCAUCACUUGGUCGAGCACGUCAAGGCUUUCUGUGGCCAAAAGAAAGCUGAGUGUUGCCCGUAUUGUAGAUACUAUUUUCACGACGGAAAAUCGAAACUUUUCAGAAGAAGAUACGGCAAAAGCGAAUUCGAACACGUGAAGACGGCCGUCGAGGCCGUGAACAACGGACUAUCUUUGAGGAAGGCGGCCGAGCUCUUCGGCAUAUCCAAGUCUGUUCUCCAUCGUUACAAGGCGAGAGCGAUGGGUCUGCUGAAUUGUCGGAGGGUGACCUAUCCCUGCAAGAACUGCGGCAAGGUCUACAAUUACUACUCCAGUCUGGCGAGGCACUUGAAGCACGAGUGCGGCGUGGAACCCAAGUUCCACUGUCCUCUGUGCCCUUACAGGACAAAGCACAAGUCCAGCUUGAACACUCACCUGAACGGCAGACACAUGAAACUUCUCAGCGAAUUCUACGCGAUGCCGAAUAGAAACAAACUCUCAUCUUCCACAGAUGCUGGGAAAGCGGAGCUGGGGUCGGAUCCAGAGGUUCCAGCAUUCAAUGGGCCGCUACUAGAAAGACUUCCGCCAAGGAACCAUACGCCUUCUCUUAGUCUGCCUGCAAACGUCCGCACAGCCAAUAUAGCAGCAAAUUACACGAAGAUGAGAUACUUCAUGAGUCGCGUGACGAGGGACCGUAGGAGAUCUCGCGGCCAGGGUCGUUUCGCUUGCGACAACUGCGACCGUCGUUACCAUCAGAUGAAGAACCUCAGGAGACACGUGAUAAACGAAUGCGGUAAACAACCUAUGCAUCAGUGCGUGUUCUGCCCUUACAGAGCGACCUACAGAUCCUAUCUGCAGGUGCACAUGAUGAAGCACGCCAGGCAGGGAUUCACGCCGCGCACAGCGACCACUAAACCGCAAAACGACAACAAACAAACAAAGUACGGGCAGAAAAAUGGGGGGGAGGGGGAGGGGGACAAGAGACAGAGUAAACAGAAUAAGACGAUAGCGUGCGUUGCGAAACGCUCGUUAGCGUUCAGCUUUGUGAACUUCGCAAUGGAGUCCCAGUAUCCCGCAGUCUCGGCGUUUAAGCAUACCUGCGCCACUUGUGGGAAGACGUACAAGCACAAGCACCAUCUGAAGAGGCACCACGACUUCGAGUGCGGGAUCGAUCCGAAAUUCAAGUGCGCGUUCUGUCCACACAGGACCAGGUACAAGGACAGCUUGAUGAAGCACAUAUUGGCGAGGCAUUCGCUUUUGCUCGACCAAAACUCUCAGUACGGACCGCAGCAGGUCUUGGACGUCCACGGGUCAGGCUACAGCUCGUCGAACUGGACGGUGCCGACGUUGCCAUCGACGUCGAGGGUCAUCUCGUACACCAGGCAUCUACGAUCCACGACGAUGAAGGACGAGCAGGGGAUCGCUCAUCGUUGGGGCCCAAGGAAGUACCGCUGCACGGAUUGCAAUCGAACAUUCUCGUUGAUGGCCUCCAUGGCCCGUCACCGUAUAUUCGAGUGUAACAAGCAGUCGCAAGGGUUCGAGAGGGCUACGCAAGAGUCCAUCGACAGCAAGAAGAUGAAAAAGAAGAGAUUCGGUUGUCCCGACUGCAAUCGCGUCUACGCGGCCUUCACGUCACUUUGGAGGCAUAGGAACUACGAGUGCGGUGUCGAGCCCAGAUUCAUUUGCACCAUUUGCGACAACAGGUUCUCGCAAAAGACAAAUCUGGACAGACAUAUCAGAGCUAAGCAUUAG